AUGAAUAAUUUGAAACUCGAGACCAAUGAUGGCAUUGUCUCUUCAGACCUAUUGUCACGAGUCAAGUGUAUGACAAUAGACACGGACCUCAAUGUCUUAUAUGUGGUCAAUAGUGACAAUCAGUUGAUUAGUAUUGAUGUGAACAAUAAAUCGUGGACCAAAUGCUGUGAUAUAUGCCUCGAAGUGGACUCAUAUGAAGCGAUUUGUGUGGAGUUUAUGUCUGAAGAGCGGAGUGUAUUCAUAGCCCUAACCAAUGGACACAUCGUUGUCUUCAACACUCUGACCAACUCUUACGAAACGGUUGGAUGUCUUUCGGAUGGCUUACAGUCUGUGGCCUUCAGUCUGGACCAGGAAUUGGUUGCUUUGUUGACGAAAAACAAUUCACUGAUUCUCAUGAAUAAGUUGUUGGAUGUGUUGACCCAAAAGGAUCUCAACACCGAUGAGUUCGGUUGCCAUGAAUCAGUUUCAGUGAAUUGGGGCUCAAAAGACACACAAUUUCAUGGCGAAGGACAGCGGGACUCACGAAGACAGCAACAGAUCUUCAAGUCGUUCAGCGAUUUUGAUGAUAAGGUGUCGCGAAUCAGUUGGCGAUCCGAUGGACUCUAUUUCGUCACCUCUUUCUUCGACUCCAAGACAAAUUAUCGCAAACUUCAAGUUUGGAGUCGAGAUGCCGUUCUUCAGUAUACCAGUGAGUGUAUCAGUGGUUUAGAAGAUCUGAUUGCUUGGAAACCUUCCGGUGCUCUCAUUGCGAGCUCACAACUGCUGCCAAAUAAACAUAUGAUUGUAUUCAUUGAGAAGAAUGGUCUAAAACACGGAGAGUUUGAGUUACCGUUUACUCCAAAUUCAUUUAAAGUACAACUCAUCUUAUGGUCAAACGAUUCACAAAUUUUAUUAGUGUUGGGCUCAGAAACAGUGGAACAGUUGUCGACACAAAUUCUGAUGCUCUGGAGACAAACCAACUAUAAAUGGGAUCUCAAACAGAGAUACGAUUUUAACAAUAAUAUAAUUGUUACCGCCAAUUGGGAUCCAAUUGAUGCCAAUCUCCUACACGUUAUCCUAAGUAAUGGUCAAUAUGUUAGGUACCGAUGGAAAUGGUCUGUCGAUUGCAUGGAAGGAACGGUAGCAACACAAAUCCGUGAAAUGUGUUUUGCGAGCAAUAAAUUAGCGGUCGUUCUGAUGGACCAAACGAUCGCUUUGUUUGAAAGAAGUGCUAAAAAGGAAACCAAUGAAUUGAAUGACACCUUCUUUGCGAUCACUUACGAGAAUAUGACGAAAGAGAGCGAAGAAGUUGAUGAUAACGUAUUGGCCAUGAGUUCGCUGAAUGACACGAUAGGAAUAGUCGUAACCAGUGGUCAGCUAUUAAAAGUGAAUUUAAAAGACAAAUGUAUUACUGAGUGGACGGAUAGAAAUGACAAGAAAGUGGCCCGGAGUGUGGAAAGGGGUUCCAAAAUAAUCGGUGCCACAAGUGAUGCAAAGAUUGUGCUUCAGAUGCCUCGUGGAAACCUUGAGACUAUUCAUCCGAGACCUCUGCUGUUGGAUAUCAUAAUGUCUCAAUUGGAUGCACUUGAAUUGGAUCCCAACGAGUAUUUGCAUCCAAUUCUUCUAACAUUUGUCAAAAAGCGUGUCUCAGAGACAGACAAUGCGUUGAAACGGAUUAAAUCAAUUGAAGACACAGUAAUCCGAGACAAAGCCAUCAAAUUCUUGUUAUAUAUCAUAAACAUAAACACACUUUUCGACGAAGCGUUGGGCACUUAUGACAACGAUUUGUUUCUUAUGAUUGCCUCCAAAUCACAAAAGGAUCCCAAAGAAUAUUUAGCUCUUUUGGAUCAAUUGAACCAAAUUGAAUGCUUUGAAUACAAGUGCUUUAAAAUCGAUAUGCAUUUGAAACGAUAUAAGAAAGCGUUGACUCAUAUCUCAAGACUUGACGACCACUUUGAAGAGUGUCUCGAACUGAUCCGAACUCAUAGUCUUUAUAGGGAUUCAGUCGUUUUGUUUGAGAGCCAAAGCGAUGACAAGAAAAGCCGAAUCUGGAAAUUAUACGCCGAAUACCUCUUCAAUAAGAGAUACUUUGAAGAGUCAGCCAUUGCUUACAAAAGAAGUAAUGAUUUUGUGAAUGCAGUUAAAGCCUAUCAGUUGAGUGGCAACUAUUGUGCAGCUAUUGAUUGUGUCCACCAGUGUUCCCAUCAAAUCAAUGUCAAAACAGUGGCUCAAAAUCUGGCCAAACAUUUGGCAACCAUUGGUAAGCAUUUUGAGGCCUCAUAUCUACUGGAAGUGUACGCCGAAGACAUAAAUGAAAGCAUAAGAACUGUCAUCGAUGGCCACGAAUGGGAGCACGCGUUGCGACUCAUGAGUCGGACACCAGAUAAAGAACUUAUGGAUUAUCUGAAGACAGAAUUAUUAAAACAUUUCGAUUUGGUUUUAGAUUUGAUAACAAAAAGUUAUGACACUUUGUUGAAACAUAUGAACCGAUUAGAAGUGGUGCGACAAAAGCAAAUACAAAGAACUCAAGAAUUUGAAAGUUACGACAAUUUUGAUGAUAAAUCGGAGAUAUAUUCAGAGACGAGUGGUUUGAGUGAUUCGCGCACUAAUAGCCAGAAAUCGACGUCGAGUUCACUCGCGACCAGAAAGAGUCGAAAGAACACCAAAAAGACUGAAAUGAAGAAAUAUGUGCUGAAAGAGGGGUCAGUCGAUGAAGACGUUCAACUCAUUUACGCCAUCAAUGAGUUAAUCAAAACUAUAGACCGAACUCAAGAAGAAGGGUCAGUCGAUGAAGACGUUCAACUCAUUUACGCCAUCAAUGAGUUAAUCAAAACUAUAGACCGAACUCAAGAAGAAGUGUCUCUUCUCAUCAAAACUCUUUAUAAUUUGUACUAUUCUUCGGAAGCCAACAGAAUUCAACACGAAUUUGAGAUUCUGUUAAAUUUAGUCAUAAAAGUUAUAAAAGAGAUUUGGACUCAAACUGAACUUCAAGACCAGUCUGAAGAGUGGUCACCAAAAUAUAAGAUAACCGAUCCGUUAAUCAUAAGAGCCCCUGAGUUGCGCAAAAUAGACUGGAAAUUAGCAUUGGGUCUCACCUAUACCGUAGAGUCAAGUUCCAAGGAACCGAUCCAAAAGACAACUGUCACUCAAAUGCAAUGCAAUAACUUGUGGUCAGUGGACAACUGCGGAACCGUUCACUCGUUGGACAUCAAAAGCAGACAAUGGUCUCAAUUAUCGUACCAACGCUUGGAGUUCAAGCGGGUCUCGUCAUCGCCGCAGUCCCUGUGGGCCAUCGGUGGUGACCACCAGAUCUACCUGUACGUGCCGGCCACUGACAUCCCCACCCGGGUCUGUGCCCUAACAUACGAGCACCAGAGGUGGAACCCUUUGAGUCAAUUCAGUGACUCUCUUCUGCCGACAGACAGACCGGCCUUCAGUUGCGCCGACGGGUCACUAGCGCUGCCCAAAGAGGGCUUCACUUUGCCCUCAAAGUGCUGGCAAUGGGAGACGGAC